AUGGGCAACACGACUCGCUGUGCGAAAGGUUGCAAUGGGUCAACCACCAAGAACGCAAUUGUGUACUUCCCUCCGGGGAACUACCUGAUCUCUUCGACAAUUGCUAUGCCUUUUGGAACUCAGGUCAUCGGUGAUGCGAACACGAGGCCGACCUUGGUAGCUGCGCCCAGCUUUGUUGGAUUGGGUGUCCUUUCCAAUGAUGAAUAUACCGGCGGCGACGGUGGUGAUCAAGAGUCAGUUGUGCCCUCCAUGCUGCCACUGCUCGAGCCAAGAAAAGCUGACGAGUCUGACCCCCAUGCAGAUACUACAUCAACACUUCCAACUUCUACCGACAGAUCCGCAACAUCGUUAUAG